AUGGCUCUGUCUCCAGGUGCCGUCAUUCGCGUCACUCGCCUCUCUUCCCUGCCGCCGCUGUCGACGGUAACAGAUGUCGUCCUUUCCUACCUUGAACAGCAUCUGAAAUCCGCGGGAGGGUUUACUUUCUCAGUGUACCCCGACACAUCGUCCAGUCCCGCGACCCCGUUUCGCAUUGCCGUGGAGACGAAAAAAGGGGAGGCGCCUCGUCCGAUCGCAGGUGGUGAGGCCUUGUCGGAUUACGCCGCCGCGCGGUGCGUCGCCCGUCUAGCCGCUUCGACGGGCGGUGUUUUUGCUUGCCUCUUGAACGAGAACGGAGCGACGGAGAGUGCGGACGGCGCUGUCGACGCGUGCGAGCAAUGGGCGGCCUUCUGCGGCGUUCCGGGGAAAACUCCCGAAGCUGCGGAACACCCUGGACUCACAGCUUGCAUUGAGUUCUUCACUCGCCGGUUUUCGACGUCCUCGGCGUUUCUCUGCAACACUCCGAACCCGUCCCUUGCGGAUAUGGCUCUUUUCGCUCUGCUCAAGACUCAGCCAGCCGCGCACACGGCACUGUUGUCAGCGCUUCGAACCUCGGGCGAGGCUGCGAAGCAUUUCUCGGCCUGGUCUUCGUCCAUUGCAAAGGCGCUCCCGGGGGCGACAACCCUGUCGGGCGCGGGCGUCCCUGACGGCAGCGCACAAGGCAACCGAGGCGAGAUUUCGGGCGCGACCGGAGCAGGGGCAAGCCCCGAGUCGACGGACGGUCCUGACGCGACGGCGUCUGUGAAUUUUUUGAAACAGAUUGUCGAGGAAGAUCUCCGCACCGGGAAGCACAAAAGCGUCGUCACGCGUUUCCCUCCGGAGCCGAAUGGAUUUCUGCAUUUGGGUCACGCGAAGAGUGUGUGCGUGAACUUUGGCCUCGCCAAGGCCUUCGGAGGCAGAUGUCACCUGCGAUUCGACGAUACCAACCCCGCGAAGGAGGAGACACGGUACAUCGAGUCGAUCCAAAGAGAUAUCAAGUGGCUCGGCGGCGACUGGGGAAAUCACCUGUACUACGCAAGCGACUACUUCCAGCAACUCUACGACUGGGCUGAGUUGCUGAUCAAGAAAAACCUCGCCUUUGUUGAUGAUGAUUCCUUGGAGGAAAUCCGGCGAAAACGCGGCAGUAUCUCACAGCCUGGAGAGAACAGUCCGUUUCGCGAACGAUCCAUUGAAGAGAACCUCGACCUCUUCAGAAGGAUGCGUGCGGGCGAAUUCGAAGAGGGUAGCCGCGUGCUUCGCGCAAAGAUUGACAUGACGCACAGCAACAUGAACAUGCGUGACCCGAUCCUCUAUCGCAUUCUCAAGAAGGAGCAUCCCCGGACAGGUCGGGCGUUGGCGCAGAAAACCGUUGUGCUCACCGUAUUCUCUCAUGUCUCACAAAAAUUGUGCGCGUCGAGCCCCAGUAGAGGCAUCUCUGUGCAUUCGGCGGGGCGCCGUGGUACCACCCUGCCUUUUUCUGCCUCUCUUGUGCACGUUUUCUGCCCUAUCGAGGCGUACAUAUUUCCACCGAUGGGCGUGGAUGCAUGUGAAUCGGAGCAUACACUAAUCAGCAUAUAG